AUGCUAGCAAUAAACGGCCCAGAGGAACUGGUGCCCCACAGAAUCCUCUCAGAAUGUGCUGACAGCCUGGAAAACGACUCCGCCAACAAACCCGUGUUGGUGAGCUGCUCCGAACCUAUGGUUGAGCUCCUGCAACGACAGGCUCUACAGCUCCGAAGCAUAUACGAAAGCCAGCCAAAAACUGACACCGAAAAGGUUUCAAUUAAUUAUGGCUUACUAAGGAAGCGGCUCGAUGAUUUGAUCGAAGACUCCUACACUCAGUUUUACGCUUUCCCAUUUCACGAAGUCCCAGUUUGCUGGCGGCAGUUGUAUACUGAUGCCAGCAUUCUCAAGUUUUCUUUGCUGUUCUCUCAGUGGCAGCCGGUCAUCAGCAUCUUGACUGAGGGCAAGCGGGGAUCCGUUGCUCAAGAAGACGAAGAGAAACUGAACGAGAUGAUUCAAGUCUUGGACCUGGCUCUCAUCCUUGCAGGUGCAGCUGGAGAGAGGCGAGGAAGGCCGUGGAUAGACAAGGCUCUACUAAUGCUAGAGAAUCUUUGGUUGGCAGUCUCCUCCCCAUCACAAGCUUCAAAGGAGCCGUACGAUGCUGCAGAAAAUGGAGAGACACCUCCAGCCAAGAAAGCGAGGAUGUCUGCCCCGAACUCUUGGCAUAACACUCCGUCCUUUUCGCACCACGAGCCCUUUACUCCGCCUGUGAAGAACCCAAUUAGACGGGUACAUGCUCUCUCACUAGAGGAGUUCCAGACUUAUCUCAACAUGCCCCCGGAAGACCCAAGUUACAAGUCUCCUCUCCCUCUCGUUAUCACAGGCUUGACAGAUGACUGGCCAGCACGCACAACCAAUCCAUGGAAAAAGCCAGCGUACCUGCUGUCACGAACCUUUCAAGGCCGGCGGCUUGUACCUGUGGAGCUGGGGCGUAGCUAUGUUGAUGCUGGAUGGACACAGCAGCUGAUGAAGUUUGGACAGUUUCUUGAUGACUAUGUCAUCAAUGCUGGGAGGGAGUCAAAGGUCGGGUCAGACUCUGAAGACGACGAAGCCAUGGACGACACAGUCUUCCCCCAGCUCAAUGCCUGGUUUGGACCCCCGCAAACAAUCACUCCUCUUCACACAGACCCCUACCACAACCUCCUUGUCCAGGUAGUCGGCCGCAAGUACCUGCGACUGUAUCCAUCUUGGCUAUCAGGAACACAUCCAAAUGAAAAGGGAGGUGGUCCUAUGCAUGCACGCGGCAAUGAAGGAGGUAUCAACAUGGGCAACACAAGCCGGGUCGAUAUUGGGGUGUUGGAGGGAUGGGACUCUCCCCCUUCGACCCCGAUAGCCACUUCAGAGGAGGGAAGCAAAGAGGGGAGCAGUGAAGUCAAUGAAGAGGAGGAAGAUGAGUUGGAAGAGGGAUGGGAGGAAGAGUUUAGGAAGCUGCCGUACUGGGAUUGUAUCUUGGAAGAGGGGGAUACAUUGUACAUUCCGGUGGGGUGGUGGCACUAUGUCAGGAGUUUGAGUGUGAGCUUCAGUAAGAGUUUGGGUCCUUACAAGCUUUCCCAUGGGGUCAAUGAUAAUGUCUGGAACUGGGAAUAUCGGACAGAGAACGUUGAGUUUAAGUCCUGA